CCAUGCUGAAGGAGGGAGAGCUGCGGCUGGCAUCAAGUCCCGACAACCAAAAGACGCAUGACAAGACCAUAACAGGGCGCGAGAUACAUAAUGUAUCAUUUUAGUAAGAUCUAUGUGAUAAAGAGGCUCAAUCCUGUGUUAUUCUGCUCGCGUAUCCAUGUCGCCAGAUUUCUCAAGAAAAGGAGCGUUUUUGAUGGACUCCUCAGUCGCUAAAGGGCUGAAUGUGACUUCAUGCCAAGAUCCAAGCAGUCCUGGAUAUCUAUAACGCGCACACAGCCGGGAUGGAUCCGUUAAACGCCACCGGAAUGGACGCGUUCACGGCCAUCCAUCUGAAUGCCUCCUGGAGCGCGGACAGUGGAUAUUCCUUGGCUGCAAUCGCCAGCAUCGCCGCGCUUGUAAGUUUCCUCAUCCUCUUUACCGUUGUUGGAAAUAUUCUCGUGGUGAUCGCGGUGCUGACGAGCAGGGCGCUGAAAGCCCCGCAGAACCUCUUUCUGGUGUCUUUGGCCACCGCGGACAUCCUGGUGGCAACUUUGGUGAUGCCGUUUUCUCUCGCGAAUGAGCUCAUGGGCUACUGGUAUUUUGGGAAAGUUUGGUGCGGUAUUUAUUUGGCUCUGGAUGUUUUAUUCUGCACUUCUUCUAUCGUUCAUCUGUGCGCAAUAAGCCUGGACCGGUACUGGUCCGUUACGCAGGCUGUAGAGUACAACCUGAAGCGGACUCCUAAGCGCGUCAAGUGCAUCAUCGUUAUUGUGUGGCUCAUAUCUGCUUUCAUCUCAUCCCCACCUCUCUUAUCUAUAGACAGCAACAACUACAUCAGUUCUCAGCCUCAGUGCAUGCUCAAUGAUGACACUUGGUACAUCCUCUCCUCCAGCAUGGCCUCCUUCUUCGCCCCCUGCUUAAUUAUGAUUCUGGUGUACAUCAGGAUCUACCAAGUGGCCAAAACCAGAACAAGGAGCAUGUCAGGGAAAGAGCCCAGACCAGAUGGUGUCACACAAACUGAGAAUGGACUGAACAAAGCCAACUCCCCUUGCCAUGGCGACAGGGAAAAUGGUCACUGUCAAUGCCCACCUACGCCCAGCCAACGCACAGUCACCAUCGGGCAACAGACAGACGAUGCAGACAUGGACGAGAGCUCCUCCUCAGAGGGCAAAGGUCACAAACCUCAGCGACAGGACUCCCAAAGGGCCAAUAGACCAGGCCUAAAGAAAAGCUCCAUCUCCAAACAAUCCGCACGUAUCUCCAGAGUCAGCAACAAAUCCGUAGACCUCUUUGCCUCCAGGAGGAAACGUAGACGGAGCUCCAUAGCGCAGAAAAAGGUUUCCCAAGCCCGGGAGAAGAGGUUUACAUUUGUUCUGGCUGUGGUCAUGGGGGUGUUUGUUGUUUGCUGGUUCCCCUUUUUCUUCAGCUACAGCCUGCACGCUGUGUGCAGGGACUACUGUAAGAUCCCCGACACGCUCUUCAAAUUCUUCUUCUGGAUUGGCUACUGUAACAGCUCCCUGAACCCUGCCAUCUACACCAUCUUCAACCGGGACUUCAGACGCGCUUUCCAGAAGAUUCUCUGCAAGUCAUGGAAAAAGUCCUUCUAGCUCCGGAGCAGAACUGUUAAACCAACGUGACAAUCUUAAAAGGGAAAUAUGAGAGUGAUCUUUUAAAAACAAGAGGAGCCUGUGUUGUCUCUAUUGCUGUAACAUCUUGUCGUCCUGUUGUAAUUAAUGGCAGCCCACCGUCAACCUAAUUAAUGGGUGUCUACGAGCUUCAACAUACACUAAGUUUCCUUUUUAGGCUUUACCAGUCUGAUAAAUGAGUGCAACUGUCCUUUUGUUCUCACUAAAGUGUGUUGUAAAGCUUAAUCAUGUAUUUAAACAUCCACAAAAGAUAAACACAUGGGCGGACCUAUCUUCUAAUGGGCCCCAGGGCAAAACUAGCCCCCUGUGCCCCCCUUAAUCCCCCUUUGGUUCUUACAACUGUCUCUGCAAUGUGAGAUUUUUCUCUUCUUUUUGUGCUAGUAUACCCACAGAUUUGUUAUGUACUACUUCAGUUUUUUAAAAAUCACUUGGUUAAGUUGAACAAAUGUUGGCACAAAAGGGACAAGAUGAAAGUUUUUAAACUUGAUUCAAACACAAAUAUUUUUCUACAAAUAAGCCUAACUAAGCAGUUGAUGUAUGAGGUAUUGGUUGAGAAAAUAAUAUUGAUACUACUCUAGCUUGUCAAAGGUCCAAUAUGUAAGAUAUUAUAUAUUAAUUUAUUAUAUAAUUAAAUGUAUUUAAUCAUAAAAUUACCUUACUAUAUCAUCAGACAUUAAGGAAACAUGCUAUGUUGAAGUGCUGGCUUUUCUGUCAACAACGCAGCAGCUCUAAGUCCUCCCAGUAAGUUUUGAUUUUGGUGCGGAAUGGUUUGUUUUGACCAGAGAAGUAGGCAGUUUUAAUAAACCCCUACAUGGCCGUUUUGGAUGCCCCUCAGUUUGCCAGACACACACAAACUAACAGCUGUUGCAGUGAUAAAAGCGGGCUAGCAAACGGGUUCAGAUGUAUCUGAUUCUACCCAACCUGUAAAAGCCUCUGCAUAUUUCUAAUGAGCUCCAGGACAUAGAAAUGUGGAAGAACUAGGAUAAAUAUUGGAAAUGCUUUUGAAAAAUUGAGAGGUUAGAAUGCAGAAAUGUUUAAAGACUGAUACAGAGCCAGCAACAAAUCAACCUGCAUGCUCAUCGACUCUAGAGAGGGGAAAGGGUCUCUCCAAUGUUUUGAAUUUAAAUAAUAAUAAUAAUCCUGCAUACGCACUUGUGGUUUUGAGCCAUUAUCGUUUGUUUUCCCUGACAAUGUCUGUUCACAUGUGACCCCUCUACUCAUGUUUAAAAUGCCAGAGUCUAUUGCUGUAUAGCCACAUGGAUGUCCCUCUCUUAAUUCAUUUAACCUUUUUAGAAGCCUAAAAGGCUAAAACUUUACAGUGUUUUCAAAGGAAAGGGAAAUCAUUGGAAAGAAGCCAGAAAAUAUGAAUAAUACACUUCUGCAGAAGUGCAACCAAAGUGUCAUCAUGGUAUUUCAUAACACAGAUAACGAAUGGCAAAGCACAACAGCACACUAAAUCUCCACAGAGUUUCUGUUCUGAUCUCUUCCUGCACCUUAAAGAUAUGGGACAGCACUAAUAAGGGCUGACACUCUUGAGUAUAAGAUCAAUUUUUUUUUACGAUGCACAUACCAGGUUAUUACUUUCACAGUGGCCAUAAAGUACUGAAGGAACAAAUGGAUUUCAUGUGAUUUUAUAUUUAAAGAAACUACCUCUCUGUUUGUUUGGUUGCUCUUUUUGUUUUUUGUCUUUUGUUUUCAAGUGUAUUACACAUGUUUUCUCUGCUCCUUAAACUGUCUGCUG